CCAAUCGCUAAAAUUAGGCUAAAUCGUUGAAACAGUUGCAGGAUAUUUUUAGAAAGUACACACAGUCGACACAGACAGACAAAUCUCUUCAUUUUGUCCAAUUCUCCAUUUUUUUUCUCUCUCCUCAACAACGCGACUCUUGGCUCCCGGUUAGAGACGACUUCAAUAAUUAUACUUUUAUCCAACAAACAAAUACCAGUAUAAUACUGCACUUUCGAUGUCAACAGUUGGAAGAUUCAUGGCGACCAUGUCAAAUUCACUCUCACUCAAACAUGGCGUCUCACUUUACUCUUCUACUUCUUCCUCAUUUUCUCUUUCCAAACUCCACUGUAAACCUUCACUUGUCGCUUCUAGACCCUUCUACAAUCGUCGAUGUUUCUCAAUCUCUGCUUCUUCCAGUUUCGCCAACGACAAUCGAGAGUAUGUGAUCGUUGGAGGUGGGAAUGCGGCGGGGUACGCAGCUCGGACAUUUGUUGAACAUGGAUUGGCUGAUGGCAAGCUCUGCAUUGUUACUAAAGAGGCAUACGCACCAUAUGAGCGUCCAGCUUUGACGAAGGGCUACUUGUUUCCAUUGGAUAAGAAGCCUGCACGACUACCAGGUUUUCAUACUUGUGUUGGAGGUGGUGGUGAAAGGCAGACUCCGGAAUGGUACCAGGAGAAAGGAAUUGAGAUGAUUUACGAGGACGCAGUGACAGGUGUUGAUAUAGAGAAGCAUACUCUACAAACUCAGUCAGGCAAAUCGCUUAAGUAUGGUUCACUUAUAGUGGCAACAGGCUGCACAGCUACAAGGUUUCCGGAGAAGAUUGGCGGUAACUUACCCGGUGUGCACUAUGUUCGAGAUGUGGCAGAUGCUGACUCCCUUAUAGAGUCAUUGAAGAAAGCAAAGAAGGUGGUGAUUGUGGGCGGUGGCUAUAUUGGCAUGGAAGUUGCUGCUGCAGCUGUGGGUUGGAACCUUGAUACCACGGUCAUAUUUCCUGAAGACCAUCUUUUGCAAAGACUAUUUACUCCCUCACUGGCCAGGAAGUAUGAAGAGCUGUAUGAGCAAAAUGGGGUCAAAUUUGUGAAGGGUGCUAUGAUUAAAAACCUAGAAGCCGGUUCUGAUGGAAGUGUGGCUGCUGUCAAUCUCGAAAAUGGUUCUACCAUAGAAGCUGACACUAUAAUUAUUGGUAUCGGAGCUAAACCUGCUGUCGGUCCUUUUGAAAACGUUGGCUUAGAUACAACUGUUGGUGGUAUAGAGGUUGAUGGUCUGUUCCGCUCCAAAGUUCCUGGAAUUUUUGCCAUUGGAGAUGUCGCAGCAUUUCCAUUGAAAAUGUAUGACCGUGUUGCUCGAGUUGAACAUGUGGAUCAUGCCCGUAAAUCAGCUCAGCAUUGUGUCAGUGCGCUUUUGAGUGCUCGAACUCACACAUACGAUUAUCUCCCUUAUUUCUACUCAAGGGUAUUUGAAUAUGAAGGGAGCCAAAGAAAAGUAUGGUGGCAAUUUUUCGGGGACAAUGUUGGAGAGGCAGUUGAGGUUGGAAACUUUGACCCCAAGAUUGCUACAUUCUGGAUAGAUUCUGGGAGACUGAAAGGAGUUCUUGUUGAAAGCGGGAGUCCUGAGGAAUUCCAACUUCUUCCCAAAAUUGCCAAGGCUCAACCUUUGGUUGACAAAGCCAAGCUGCAAAGUGCAUCUUCAGUAGAGGAGGCCUUGGAAAUCAUUCAUCAGUCAAUGUAGGCUGGGGCGACAGUCUAGGUAGGGCGAUUAGCUGAUUGAUUAUAUACUCAGCUCAGCCAUUUAUGGCUUGUUAUAAAAUCUUUUGGACAUGUAAUAAAUAAUCGAAAAUUUUCACUUGAUAAUGAGGUGAGGGAAAGGGAAAGAUGAAUAAGAGAAAAUGUCGGUGGACAGGCCAUAGCCCAUACUCCAUAGCUUGUAUUCUACGGAGUAUCGAGUACAUCACAAUCUAAAUAAAUAAAAUAAACUAGUUUUAGACCCGUGCAAAGUGGGAUGCUUUCUGCUCUUCUAUGUAGUUUCACUAACAUGAAGUUGAUAGUACGAGUACAUAAUAUUUUCUCUUAGA